UAAAUUAUCGUUUAAUAAAUCUAACAAAAAAUUUGGCAAACAACUUAGUCCAAUAUUAUUUUCUGUUCCUGCACCGAACGCAGAAAAGCCACCCUUUUUAGAGUAUUCCCCAGAUUCUCAGCUUCCUGUUUCCCCUUUAUAUGACAAUAAUAAUGAGGGGGAACGCCCUGCUCUUCCCAAAUCACAUUCGGCAACAGAUCUCAGAACACAAGUGAGAGGGAGAAUUUUUCGUUCUUUCUCUCAAACGAGCGUUCCUGGUACCUCUACAAGUCAUUACUUGAAUAGGUUGUCAAAUUCUUCUUCUGGUGGAAGUUCAAAGGUUUCUACCUUAGCUAUCGCGCGUAAACAUAGUUUACCACCAACAGCUGAUCUUUUUCAAAAUGAACUAGACAGACCAUAUAUGACUUUUGCUGAAUUUAAAAGAAUGGAUCAACAUCCUCGGCAGCAAAGAGCAAUUUUAACUGCUUUGCAACGACAGGAUAAUAAACUGAGAAAAGAAGGUGUUAUAAAAGAUACGAGUAGUAAAACUUUAAAAGGAAAAAAAGAUCGAAAGCUUUCAAAAACCAAAGAAUCGAGGUCUUUGUCCAUUGUUAGGCGGGGUUCUUCUGGUGCUAGCGCACUAAAGUUUCUUGGUAUAAAAAAGGGCAAGAAAAGAACUACUUCUGUUUUAUUACACAAUCUUAUAUUGGCCAUUAGGGAUAAUAAAAUUUCAGAUGCAUUAACAAUACUUUCACAUAUACCUAAUAGUUCUUUUAAUUCUUUAAAAAAGAAAAAAUCUGUUGAAGCCAAUCGUGCUUUUUUGAUGGCUAUUGCUAAUCGAAUGGAAGAUGUUGCAUUGGCAAUGUAUGAACGAGGCUUUCCAGUUGAUGUAAAUUCACCAAUUUUUGUAAAAAAUGCGGAUCGUGGAGGGAUAAAGUUUCCAAGCUAUUUUAUCUUGGCUGUUGCUCUAGGAUUGAAUGAGCUUGUUAAAGCAAUGGUGAAGCGAGCUAACGUGAAUCAGACGUGGUUUGGUCUCUCACCAUUAAUACUUGCUGUAUCUCAGGCAACUAUAGCAUAUUCAUCUACGGGUUUAAAGUCAAAGUCCAGGACUACUUUACUUAUCAAGCUUUUAUUGGAAAAUGGCGCAGAUCCGUCACAAGGUUUACCAUUAGAACAAUUUAAUACAUUAAGAAAAUUAAAGGCAAAGCAAUAUAUGAGAAGGUUGAACAUUUUACAUUCACUCAAGUCUGAUGAGGUUCCAAGUGAAUCAGGUAGACUUGAUUCCAUUCCUCAACAGUAUGGUAGUGUAACCUGGGAUUCGAAACAAAAAAGAAAAGAAAUGGAAAAAUUUUCGAAAGUAAAGUGGGUAUUUCCAUUAGAUAUUGCUUCAGUAGCUGGUAAUCUUGAAAUUAUCAGGGUGUUACUAUCUAGGUUCGUUAACUUAAAGUUAUCCUGA